AACUCUUACCUCAUAAAGAAAACCCACCUCUUCACGCCCCGCCAUCUCCGAAUCCGAGCCUCCGAAUCUCCGCCCCGAUAGAGAGUCCUCCGGCCUGUUAUCGCGUGGGAAUCGCAAUUGCACCAUUUUCUCGAGCACAGUCACUAGCCAUUGAGCUUGCCCAUUUAUAAAAAGCCAAUUGCACUUACACCUCCAUCCCGGUCCAUCAAUCUUUAUUCCACCAAGCAAACCACCAAGGUAGCAUUCAUCCCUCCCGCCUACCGCAGCAGAAGCCAACCCCGCCUCCAAUUCCGCAACGAGGGGCACAAUCCACAACCAACCCCUCUAUCCAAAUCAAUUCAAUCCACUCCAAACAUGCAAUCUCCUUCGGACCCUGCCCACCAAUUCGACUCGAUCGAAGACACAAUAGCAGCCUUCAAGAACGGCGAAUUCAUCAUCGUACUGGACUCUCAAGACCGCGAAAAUGAAGGCGAUCUCAUCAUCGCCGCUGAGUCAAUUACCCCGGCGCAAAUGGCCUUUCUCGUUCGCCACACUAGCGGCCUGAUCUGCGCCCCCGUCACCCCCGAAAUCGCACAACGCCUGGACCUCCCCCAAAUGGUGACCGAGAACGCCGACCCCAAGGGAACCGCCUACACCGUGUCCGUGGACGCGAGCGACGCCUCCGUGACGACGGGGAUAUCGGCCCAGGACCGCGCCCUCGCGUGUCGCAUUCUGGGGUCUCCCACAGCGCGGGCCGAGGAUCUGCGCCGUCCGGGACAUGUGAUUCCGUUGCGGGCGCGGAGCGGCGGUGUCCGAGAGCGCAGGGGACAUACAGAGGCAGCGGUGGAGUUCUGUCGCUUGGCCGGGAAGACGCAGGCGGGUGUGAUUGCGGAGUUGGUGGAGGAUGGAGAGGUCGUGGAGGGUGUUGCGGAGAUUGGGGGAAAUAAUGGCAUGAUGAGACGUGAUGGGUGUUUGAAGUUUGGGAAAAAGUGGGGGAUUAAGGUGUGUACGAUUGAGGAUUUGGUGGAGUAUGUGGAGAGAGUGGAGGGUGUGAAUGGGCAGUGAGUGUUUUCUUCCUCUUUCUUUUUAUUUGAAUAUUGCAUGUCGGUGGUGUUUGUAUCUUUAUCUUUAUCUCCUUCUUUUCUUCCUUGAUUCCUCGAUCUUAUGUCUUCUUUUUACCCCCUGUCUUCUUGUUGUCUGUUUCUCUUGAUGGCAUUGUACAUGCAUGCUCUUAGUUGUUCAUAUCUCUUCUCUUUUGCUUCCUGCGACCAUCUCGAUGGAUGGAUUCAAGGUUUAAAAAAGGGAAAACGGAAAAGGGUGGAUAGAUUGGAGGGUUAUGGACAGGGGCGGUUUUCGUCAAUAGAAUUGUUCAGACGUGGAUUUGAGCCUAGAUGUAUACAUAAGUACUUGUCGAAGGGUUAAGAUACCUAGAUUAGUACUCCGAUAUGUUUGAACUAUAUCUCGUGUGGAAUAAUACAGACAGAGCAUACAAAGU